AUUUAGUGUAUUUUCUUCCAUUCUUCUUUCUGUGAGAGAGCACAGAAAUUUGGUUUCGUCCAUCUCUCCCUCUUCCAAAAAAUAUUGGGAUUAGACUUCUCACUGGCAUCUAUCUCCUCCUUUUUAUUCCUUAUUUAGUUAACAGGGAUUUCUCUAGCUGUUUUAUCACAUCUCCACAUAAACUUUCAAGAGAGUAGAGACAAAAAUAGUUUGAAGGCAUGAACCGAGUUUGUUCGCCAUAUUUUGAUCCUGAUUUUGAUAGCCUAGCUGAGAGGAUAAAUGGCCCAAAAUGCCGAAUUACUAUUGACAAUGAGAGCCUAGAGAAUUGUACAGUAGUGAAGAUUGAUAGUGUAAAUAAGCAAGGUCUUCUACUGGAAGUGGUGCAAGUGCUAACAGAUAUGAAUUUCAUUAUAUUGAAAGGCUAUAUAUCUUCAGAUGCUGGAUGGUUCAUGGAUGUCUUUCAUGUUAAAGAUGCGCUCGGUAACAAAGUUACUGAUCAGAGAGUUAUCAACUAUAUUCAGCAGGCUAUUGGUGCAAAUAGGGAGGGAAUACACAAAUCAAAGUCAGGAAGUAGAAAUAUUUUGAAAUGUGAAUCUCCUCCUGAGCCUAGAGCUAUUGAAAUGACUGGAAGAGACAGACCAGGGUUAUUUUCAGAGAUAUCAGCUGCCCUAGCUGAUCUCCAUUGUAACGUUGUGGAAGCACAUGCAUGGAGCCAUAAUGCACGUUUAGCUUGCGUUGUUUACAUUUCAGAAGAAUAUACAGACACCCCUAUCGACCACGAUCGCUUGCUAGCAAUCGAAGAUCACCUAACCACUGUGCUCCGAGCAACAACCAAUGAAGAAAGUGGAAAUCAACAACAAGUGAAGACUGCUUAUGGCCUUAAUCCUGAAGGAGAAGGCACAGUGACCGAUGUUGAACGUCGAUUACAUCAACUUAUGCUUUCUGUUCGCGACUUUGAAAGCCCUAUUUCAAAGCCUAUAAGGUCUCCAAGAAUGGGGUCUCCAAGAUCUGACAUUAAUGAUAAGGAAGAGAAAAUAUUGAGUGUUUGCAUUGAGAAUUGUGAUGAGAAAGGAUACUCAAUAGUUUCUAUUCAGUGCAAGGACCGUAGGAGGCUCAUGUUUGAUACUGUUUGCACUCUUAUGGAUAUGCAAUAUGUCAUUUUCCAUGCUUCCGUUGAUUCUCGUGGAGGUUGUGCAUUUCAGGAAUAUUUCAUAAGGCAUGUUGAUGGAUAUGCAAUGAGCACAGAGAGUGAGAAAGAAAGAGUAGUAAAAUGCUUGAAAGCUGCUAUAGAAAGAAGGGCUUGCGAGGGAAUUCGAUUAGAAUUAUGUGCCAACAAUAGAGUAGGAUUGCUUUCUGAUAUUACUCGGGUUCUUAGAGAGAGUGGCCUAGCUGUUGUUAGAGCAGAUGUAGCAACAGAGGGAGGGAAGGCAAGACAUACAUUCUACAUAAGAGACAUUUCUGGUAAUGAUAUUGACAUGAAGUUUGUCAAGUCCAUGAAGACUGAGAUGGGCGAAAUUGAUGUUGCUGUGAAUAACGAGACAACGACGACAACAACAGCCACAGGCUCCAUGACACGUGGAAGUUCUUUUCGAUCUCUUGGGGAUUUAAUGAAAUCUCAGUUUGAAAAGCUCUCCCACAACUUUGUUGCGAUUUAGAUGGUGUCACACUCUAGCCGGUUUAGCAAUUAAAUUAUGUAAAUUCCUAGCAGCAUUUUGUUGUUUGAUAGGUCAUAGGUAGACAUUGUACAUAUAUACAUAACCUGUAAAUUUGUCAGUUGAAUCUAUUAUUAUACAUUUCAAUUUGACAACCCCAAGGAUAUUAUCUUUGAAUAAAA